AUGGGCAUCGCCGAGUCCACGCUGGACGAGCUGCCGUCGGACGUGGCCGAGCAGCUGAGUAACGGCGAGCAGCUCCUGGAGCUGAGCGGGCGGCGGCUGCGGCGCCUGCCCGCCUCGGUGUGCGCCCUGCUCGGCCUGCAGAGGCUCUACAUCAGCGGCACGGGCCUGCGCGAGCUGCCCGACGAGAUCGAGGAGCUGCGCGAGCUGCGCAUCCUGGCGCUGGACUUCAACAAGCUGGAGCACGUGCCCGAGGCGCUGUGCCGCCUGCCGCGCCUCAGCCGCCUCUACCUGGGCAGCAACCGGCUGCUCGGGCUGCCCGCCGACUUCGCGCAGCUGCAGAGCCUGCGCUGUCUGUGGCUCGAGGGCAACUACGUGCGGCGCUUCCCGCGCGCGCUGCUCCGCAUGCCGGCGCUGCAGUCCCUGCAGCUGGGCGACAACCGGCUGCGCGGCCUGCCCGCCGAGCUGCCCAGCAUGGUGGGCCUGCGCGGCCUCUGGCUCUACGGCAACCGCCUCGAGGUGUUCCCCGACGUGCUGCUGCGAAUGGGCCGCCUGCGCAUCCUCGACGUGGACCGCAACCAGCUGGGCGGCUUCCCCGACUUGAGGCCGCUGCGCGCGCUGCGCGUCUUCUCCUACGACCACAACCCCGUCACGGGGCCCCCGCGGGUCCUCGACACGGUCUUCCUGGUGGGCGAGGGCGCCGUCGAGCGCAUGGCCGAGCGCGACGAGCCGCCGCCGGCGCCCCGGACGCCGCGCCUCCGUCCAGCCCCGGCCCAGGCGCCGGGUCCUCCGCCCUCUGUGAGCGCGGAGAAGGAGGGGGAGGAGGAGGAGGAGGAGGAAGAGCCGGAGCGCGAGGGGCACGUGGAGGAAGAAGAGGACGAGGAUCUGGAGGAGGAGGAGGAGGAAGAGAUUGCGCUCUGUGCAGGGCGCAAGCCCCUGGGCCUAGGAAUCCCCAGGAAAGGCGAGCCCACUUGAGCUCUCCAGGCCCUGACUUUCUCGACUUUGCUUCUUUCCAGGCCCCAGAGGAUACCUGGGCACCAGUAACAGCCGCCCUGGGUAGCUGCCUACUACACAGGCCACUCAUUGCUUGGGGGAGUUGGUCCUGCCAGGCUGGGCAGCCCGAAGGGACUCCCCUUUCUACUGCUGUCUGGGCCUCAAACCAUGGCUCACCUCUAGGGAACGUCCCCUGCGAGGGCUGCCGACCUCCCAGAGCUGCUGGUGGCUUUGGGACCAUCAUCUCUCACUGAGUCUGGGGAGGAUUGUCAACUAUUCUCCUGGCCACCUCCUUCCUCCUCUCCUAAAAGUCACUACCUCUCACGGGGCCUGAGAACCCCAGGCCAUCCCCUAGAGGCACCCCUGCUCUGAAGGACUGAAGUUCUUUCCCGCAGAAGAAGUCCUUCUGGGGCACGUCUGCCUCUGCCUGGAGCUGAGACUGGGAUGUGCUCACCAGGGUAAAUGAGCAGUGUUGGGUAAGGAAGCCUCAAGUUCUGGGCUCCAGGAGGCCAGGAAAGGCCUGUGGUUAGCACAGAAUCCCCUCUGUCCCUCCAUGGGGAGCCUACAUACCUCUUCAGGCUGUUGGGCUUAAGGCCUGCCACCUAAGCAGUAUUCAGUAACAAGGAAAGGAAGAAUCCUGCACCCUGCUUUUCUCAAACCCUUGGCCUUCUGGAGUUCGGAGUGUCACUGCCUUCCCCCCCCCCCCAGCCCCCCAGAAUGGGAGCUGUUCCUUCCAGCUGUCAAGUUUGAAAAGCCGCUGACAUUCCCACGUUGUGCCUGUGCUAGGCCUCCAGGUCGGCUCCCUCUGCCCCCCAGAGAGGUUCUCUGUGUGGUGGGAAUCAGGCAUCAAGGCUGUCACUCCCUGGCUGCCUGCUUUUUCCAUGCCCAUACAUGGGCACAUCUGGGGAAACUGCUAUGGAGCAGGAGGGGAUGGGACCGACUGGCCCUGCCUCACUUCCUCUUCCCUCCUGGGCCAGGGCCAGCCCAGUCCCCAUUGCCCCCUCCCCAUUCCCCUUGACCAGAACCAAAAUCUUUACCAUCCGAGCAAUAAAGGGGAGAGAUUUGCUAGGGCAGGGGCUGGGGGGUAACUCAGGGACACAGUCAGGUGACACAGCGACUAAGCGAAAGAGGGAUAUUCUUUAAAAGAAAAAUUAUGCCUGUCAACAUAAAUUAUAUUUCCUGGAGAAAGAAUCCUUGUUUCCCACAUGCCUGUUUAUUUAUAAGCCCCGGGAGUUUGCUGGGCUCUAGUUAAUGUGUAUCCUUCUGUUUCCCUCUCUGGUGGCCCGGCCAGCUUUGGUCCUUACCCUGUCGUCAUCCUGCCCCACUCCCCCAUCCAUCCAGCAGCCCCGCCAUCUGUCUGUCCAGGCUCAGGACCGUGUGCCAGGCACCACCGCUUUGCUCUCCUUCCAUCUGAGCUGGGUCUCGGUCCAGCCGAGCGCUGGCCGGCUCUGUCUCCUUGUCAGCCUGUGUUCUGUUACUUCUGGCCAGCCCAGCUCUGUUCUGUGUCAAUGCAGCCUGGGUUCAAUUAGUCUAGACCCCAGCCUGUCUUUCUGCUUUGAGUCUCUGGCCAAGCCCUCUCUGGUCUCUGUCUGUCUGUCUGUAGUUUUGGGUUCAAGCUCUAGGCCGUUGUGGUGAUUCUCUCUUAGCCCAGAUUUUCCUGUGGGGUCUUUUUUCCUGCCCCUCUCCUCCCUCUCCCUUUAUCCCAUCCCCACACCCCCUUGAUAAUUUUGUCACUUCUCUGCACGAUCUCUGUGUUCUUUGCCUUCCUUCCUUCCCUCCUUUCCGCCAUCUGGCCUUUGCCUCUUUUUGUGUUUCCCUUCCUGUGUGCGUCCCUCUGCCUCUGCUGUUCUCUGUCCUGGCCCCUCUCCCUCAGCGCUUCCUCUCUCAACAUCAGCUCCUCCGCCUUUCUCUGUCCCGUCUUUCUUCCUGCCCCUCUGUUCCCUGUCUCCCUGGGUGCCUCCCUUCUGCUCUCCCUUUCCCCAGCUGCACUGCCUGCUCCUCCGUCUCCAUCCCCGUCCCUCUGUAGCUUGCCUUGGCUUCUCUCUCUAUGUCUUCCUGUCUGUCUUCCUCUCUUCUCUUUGGCCCCUUGCUCUGCCUUCUGCCUCUGUUUCAUUUUCACGACUGUCUUUGCAACCCCCGUGUUUAGCAGGGCAUUUGGCACAUAGUAGGUGUUUAACAGAUGCUAGUGGAUUGAUUGAUCCAUCUGCUCUUUUCCUGCCUCUUCCUUCCUCUCCGUGUCCUUGUCUUCCUCUGUCUUGUUUGUCCUCUGCCUCUCUGCUCCACUAGCCAUCUCCUGACAGGCUCGGUUCCUCCCUCCCAGACACUGUCUGUCCAUCCGUCCUUUGCUGUCUCCACCUGCCCAUCCCCCACCUUGGAGUGGCAAUCCCUGCUCCUGGACUGCUCUCUCUCUUGGUCCUUCCUUCCCUGCCUGUCUUUGCCUCUCAAAGUCAUCCCUGCCUCUGCUUAGCCCUUUCUCUCUUUCUUCUUAAACCAUUCAGGAAAAACAGCCACACUGAGAGAAAACAAGUAAAUAAAAAGGCUUCCUAAUGGCAUGAGGAGAUGAUGCCAAGGCUUUGUUGCUAUGGUGAUGGGUCAUGAGCUUGGGCUGAAAGGUCAAGCCUUGCCCAGCCAGGCUGAGAGGGAGCCAUGGGAUGGGGGCAGGGAGAUGCAAAUUAGAAGCUGGCAGAGAGAGAAGGAGAGCUGGAAGCUGCCAUCAGGAGUCCAGGCUGGCACUGCCUGGGAACAGCCAGGUCUCCUCUGCUGUCUCAGAGACCCAGGGCUGCCCACCCCCAUGCUCUGUCCUUGAGAGGGAGGAGAGGGUCAUGGGGGAUUCUUCUCUUUCUUGCCUCAGUGGUCCCUGGAGGGGCAGGGAGAAGAUGCUUCAUGGUCCUAAGGUGCCAGAUGUAGGGAGCAAGUUGGAAAGAAUAAAACCCCAGUCUUUUCUCACAAAGGGGUGGGAAGAGAGCCAUCACCUUUCAGAUAUCUUGGCACAUAGUCCUCUUGGGAUUCCGAAGAGCCUUGGGUUCUAUUCCUGGCUUUACUGUCCUUGGACAAGUCACUUUAUUUCUGGGCCUCAGUUUCCUCAUUUAUAAAAUGGGUGGGGUGGGCUCAUUGAUUACUAAGUUUGCUCCCAGUUGUAUCCUGAAGGUCAGCCAUUCCUCCCGCUUCCCAGCCCAGGAGAGAGGAGAGGUAGCCACAGAGGACCAGUCACACUGGAACGACAGUUGGAUUUGGAAGCUGGGCCAGACCAAGGCUCUGUGCAGAAUGAAGACUUCCCUACCCAAGGCUUUUCAGCAUUUGGAAGCUUCUGGAAAGGUUAGAUCAGGGAUUCUUAAUCUGUUGGCCACGGACCCCUGAGUGCUCCUUGGACCUCUCUCCACUCCUCCCAAAGGAAACAUUUCCCCCGAGAGGGCCCUGCCUCCCCCGCUCCCAAACUGCCCGGAUCAAAGCCUCAUUUGUACAGCAGUCCUAGAGCCCGAGGGGACCUCUGAGUCCAUCCUCUUCCUCUUAAAGAUGGAGGGUGGGGGCAGCCCAGAGGCCCCUCCUGCUCUGACAGUGCUCUCUGCCCCAACAACAUCGGCCUAUCAGCUGCUUCCCAACACAUUUCUUGCCACCGUUUGGUUGCUCACCGCCCCCUAUGCCAAGAACACCCUCCCUUCUGAUUUUUGCCCAUCAAAGUCUUACUUUAUUGUACACCGCCUCCCUGAGAAGUCUUCUUCUGACUCUGAUUCUCCCUAGCUGACCCUCCUCGGAUGUUCCCGGACCCCUCUGUCCUCUCUACUCUAUAUCUGUGUUCUGGUAGUGUCCUCUGCUCUCCCCCCUUUCCCACUCAUAUUCUUGGAGGACGGGGAUUCUGUCACUUUUUUAGCUUUGUCUCCCAGAUGGAGCAGAUGCUUCCCGCCCCACCCUACGAGCCUGGUGGCCAUAGUA